CAGCUUUUCCUGCCGAACGCAGCCAAUGAGAUAAACGUGAAAGCUGUUGACGACGUGGGUGCGACAAUACGCGUGACGUGUGGAGAAAUUGGUCUGUUCUUUAUAAAAUUUUCGUCAAAAUCGGAGAGUGAGAGACUCUCCUUCAAUAUUACCGAAGGAGAAAAAUAAACUCUGAGCUAGUGCAGCCAGUUCAGCUAUAAAAAAACCGACCCAAUGCCAAGUGCCUAAACACCGUCAAGUAAAGCCGUUGGGUCCCGUCGUUUUGUCGACCGGCUGGUAACGAUGGACCUGCCGGUGAACGAGGAGAAUCUGCAGCAAAUAUUGGACAAGUUGUCCGAAGACGAGGUUUCUAUAAAGAAGAAUCUGGACACGAUCCUCGCCCGACGAUGUCACGUGGAGGCGAAACUGCAGAAUAUCGGCAAGGUGCUGCCGAAUGUCGUGCUGAUACGAGCGGAGGGUGAGAAGUUCUGCGACAUGAUCUCGCGUACCAACGAGCUAGCCGAGAAUGUCAGCGCUAAAGUGAGGCAAUUGGAUCUGGCGAGAAGCCGAGUGUGCGAGUGCCAGAGUAGAAUAAACGAUAUACUGGACUUGCAGUUGUGCAGCGAAGGUGUCGCAACCGCGUUGCGCAACGAGGAUUACGAGCAGGGUGCCGCGCACGUGCAUCGUUACUUAGCGAUGGACCAGCAGUUGCUGGAGAGAACGGCCGAGGAUGUGUCGGGUGAUCACACUAGCAUCAGCAGCUCCCUGGUCACCCUGCAACAGGCCGCGAUGGAGUUGAGAGCGGUUGUCACGCAUAAAUUCGACGAGGCUGUGAAAUCCGAGGAUCUGGCGUCCGUCGAGAGAUUCUUCAAGAUCUUCCCGCUGCUGGGGAUGCACUUGGAGGGAUUGAAGAAGUUCUGCAGUUACCUGUGCACCAAACUACAUGAGACCGCGCAGAAAAAUCUACAAGCGGCGUUAGAGAUUAAAAGUAACGACAAGAGAGCAGCUGUUAUUUUCGCCGACACCAUGACCCUCUUGUUCGAAGGGAUCGCGCGAAUUGUGGAGGUGCAUCAGCCAAUCAUCGAGACUUAUUACGGCCCCGGUCGACUGUUGAUGACAAUUUCGAUUUUACAAAAGGAGUGUGAUAGACAGGUUAAGAAGAUUGUUGCAGUAUUCACGAAACAUAGGUGUAUAUCCAAGAAUGUACAAAUGAUAAAUGAGUAUCUGCGAAAGCCGAGUCCCGAAAGGUUCGACCCUAAGGAGCUCGAUCUUCUCUUGGGCGAAAUAACCAUAAUGCAUUCGAGGGCGGAACUUUACAUACGAUUCUUAAAGAGGAGGAUUAAGAAUGAUAUAGAGAUCAGUACCACAGACGAGGCGCAACGUGCGGAGUUGCUCAACGAAUUCGAAACUACCGUGAACAACUCUGAGUUGGCGCACGGCAUGCAAGAGCUGCUUGGUGCUUAUCUUGCGUUGGAGAGAUACUUCCUCGAGGAGAGCGUGAACAAGGCUCUAGGAAUGGACGCGCUGGAUCCAGAUCAGCAGACUUCCAGCAUGGUCGACGACGUAUUCUUCAUCGUGCAGAAAUGCGUGCGCCGGGCUAUGUCGAGCUGGAGCGUGGACGGCGUUUGUGCUGUCGUCAAUAUGGCCUGCGGCAUCUUGGAGGGCGAGUUUGCCAACAGACUGAGAAACAGAUUGCGCCAGGGCUAUCCAGCGGGCUACCUGGAUCUCGCACAGGCGUACAGCGCUCUCCAGACGAGCAUACAGCACGGUCGUCUGCAAACGUCGGACACAGAAUACGCCCGUCUCAUGUUCCUGGCCUACUUGAAUAACGCCGACGUUAGCACGGAAUAUGUAGAAACGUUGUGCAAAAGUCUCGGCGCAGAGAUAGACGCGACGUUCCCCAACAUGCAGAAAAAGGACAGAGGCAAAAUUGACAGCUGCUUAUCCAGUCUCAGGGCGGUGAUACUGAUAUUACGUGGCAUUAUCGAUUGCGGCCUGGAACAGCUGCGCGUCAGCGCUGUAAAGCCCAGAGUCACUCCGUGGGUCGAUGCGUUUCUGUCCAUAGAUCAUCAUAUCAACGAGGACGAGUUACUGCGGUACGAGACGGACGAGCCGUUUGUGCAAACGCUAAUCACGAAUCUGGAGGGUCUACUUCGAGGAUUCAAGGAUAGUUUGACGACCUCCAAUUACGACGCGCUUAUCGGACUUCUAACUGCGGAAGUAACGGCCCGUUUGGAAAAAGUAGUUUUGAAAUCGACCUUCAAUCGGGCAGGGGGUCUGAUACUGGACAAGGAAAUAAGAUCGUUAGCCAGCUACCUGGCAGCCGCCACGUCCUGGUCGGUGAGGGACAAAUUUGCGCGUUUAACGCAGAUCGCCACCAUUCUGAGCAUAGAGAAGGUCGAGGAACUGGCCGACUACUGCGGCGCGGACGCGAUAGCGUGGCGAUUAACGCCGUCGGAGGUGCGGCGUAUCGCUUCCUUGCGAAUAGACUUACGGCCGGAGGACAUCAAGAGACUGAAGCUGUGACUCAGUGUCCUCUGCCCCACGUUGCGACGUAAAACGCCGUCGAUCUAUUUAUUGUUAUAUCCCUUUGACAUUGAACAUUGCCGCUGGCGAUGUGAUGUAUACUAUGUGACAACGACUUUGCUCUCAUCAUUAUCAUGGAAUCGCCGGUCAGCAAGGGAGUAUUUCAGAUGUUAGAACAGAUGAUAAUCGCUAGGGGCGAUGUAGGGAGGAUGAAUUUAAUUGUUCGUAUUUAAAUAUUGUCAAAAGAUAAUGCGUUACGCUUUAUAGUCCAGAUUUAGCGAUUAUCGUCUAUCCUAGCAUCUGAAAUGCUCCUUUGCUAAUGAUGCCAUGAUGACAACAACGAGGUCAAAGAAGAUGUUACUACGCGGUGUAUAUACAUCAGGAACUUACUUUCUGCAUAUCCCUCAUAUAUAUAUGAAUAUAUACGACAUAAGUUAUUCUAUAAUAAUAUAUUUUGCUUAAUAUUUGAAUAAUAUAUUCGUAACAUUAAAUGCAAAAUACUCUAUUA